CUUAAGUGUGACGUCACGUUACCAUGGAGCUAAAAAAUGCAGUUCUAAACAAAAUAUCUUAUGCGAGCGCUUUGGACACGCUUCCUUUGUUUUGAAUGUCUAAAGCUUUAAUUAUCCAGUGUAAUCCCACAAAAGACAAUAAAAAAAAACAGGAAUGGUUAAAAGGUAAUCCAAGGGAUCAACUUUUGUUUAAGAAGUGUAAAGGACGCGGGUCAAACGGGCAAAAUGGUUUACUGUUUUGCUCCUACAUGUGGCCAUUCGUCGGAGGGCAACACUUGCAAGUUCUUUGCUUUUCCAAGCGCUACAAUGCUGAACGACGAGUACAAGAGAUGGUUCGACUCAUAAGGUGAAGAGUUGACAUCAGGACAUGAGGGAGAAUCAUCGAAUACUGAAUGAUAGAAGCUUCAGCUAGUUGCCUUUUUAACGGUCGCUCUGUAUUUUCCGUAGCCAAAACCUUAAAUCUUAGUGCUUUGGAAGGCAAUUUGAAUCCUGUCUGCACAGAUAUUGAGCUUGCUACACCGGGAUUGAUGAGUCAGCAAAAUGCAACCUUUUUAUCAUACAGAGGAAUGAAUUCCUUUAAGGUAAUAGUUGGUGUUGCACCAAAUGGAGUCAUUACUAAUGUCAGUCGGCUGUAUCCAGGUUCUAUUUCAGACAAGGCCAUUGUGCAACAGUCUGGACUCCUUAAUCACUUGACAGCUGGAGAUAUGAUUCUGGUGGACAAGGGUUUCCUUAUCCAAGAUGUUGUACCACAUGGUGUCUGUGUCAAUAUUCCACCUUUUCUGAAUAAUGGAACUUUCACAGAGAGUGAGGAAAAAGCCAUAGCUAAAGCACAGAUUCAUGUCGAAAGAGCCAAUGCUAGGCUGAAAGACUUCAAAAUUUUAGGUGUCAUUCCUUUGUAUUUGCACUGCUAUGCUGACAUUUUGUUUCAGUUAUGUGCAACACUUGUAAAUUUGCAAUUUCCUCUCAUCAAAGAGGGAUGCGAAGAUAUGGUUUUUGAGUAGUUUUAUGCUUGAAGACUACAUUGGACAGUUUUUUAAUAAUUAUUGUUGUUCAAAUAGAAAUAAAAUAAUUUGUAGACUGAGGCUUACUUAGAAGAAAAUACAGCUAGAGGGGUGGGGGCUGGAAGCAUUCUAAUAUAACAGUAAAGGGAUGAUUUUACCUCCUAGGGAUUACAAUAUUUAUCAUCUGGUACAGCCUGGGUGUACAUAGGGUGUCAAAUUAGAUCACUGUGAGAAUUCUUUUAUCAUGUUUAGGAGAACAGAAGUUAAAAGAAGUUUUGACAUAUGUUUUACAAUGGAUGUCUUUUUGGGGAUAAAAAUAAAAGCAAGUACUGCCCACAGUUACCCUUGAGGGGUCUUUCUGAACAUUUCCCAUGAGCAUCUCAUCACUUUUAUAUGGGAAUUUUCCUUCCCCCCAGGAAAACAACAUUAAAUGAUGUACCAUAUUUCCAUGUCUUUUAAAUACCAUGUUAUCCUUGUGUUUAUUAAUAAAAAUGCAAAUAUA